AGAUGGCGGGUGAGAAGGCAGCCAGUGAGAAGAAGCCUGGCGAGAAGGCGCCCAGUAAGAAAAAGACAGCUGAGAGGAAGCCAGCUCAGCAGCCGGCCAGCCAGAAGGACGGUGAGAAGAAAAGGAAACCUAAGAAGCAUCAUGCCAGCCGUAACCCUGCCCUGGCCCGGGGUAUCGGGAAAUAUUCCCGGUCAGCCAUGUAUGUCAGAAAAGCCCUGUACAAGCGCAAGUACACUGCUCCAAAAACAAAGAUAGAAAGGAAAAAGAAAGCAAAGCCACGUGCAACCAUCACCAAGCCAGUUGGUGGAGACAAGAAUGGAGGCACCCGUGUGGUUAAAAUCCGUAAAAUGCCCAGAUACUAUCCCACCGAAGAUGUUCCUCGCAAGCUUUUGAGUCACGGCAAAAAGCCCUUUUGCCAGCACAAGAGGAGGCUGCGGGCCUCUAUUACUCCGGGGACCGUUCUGAUCCUUCUGACUGGUCGUCACAGGGGCAAGCGUGUCAUCUUCUUGAAGCAGCUUGCUACUGGCCUUUUGCUUGUUACAGGACCCUUGGCUGUCAAUCGCGUCCCUCUGCGUAGGGCCCAUCAGAAAUUUGUUAUCGCUACAUCUACAAAGGUUGAUAUCUCUGGAGUGAAGAUUCCCAAACAUCUCACUGAUGCAUACUUUAAGAAGAAGAGGCUGCGUAAGCCCAAGCACCAGGAAGGCGAGAUCUUCGACACUGAGAAAGAAAAAUACGAGAUAACGGAGCAACGCAAGUCAGACCAGAAGGCAGUGGAUUCGCAGAUUCUUGCACGAAUCAAGAAGGUGCCUCAGCUCCGCGGGUACCUGCGUUCUACAUUCUCUCUCUCAAAUGGAGUCUAUCCUCACAAGUUGGUGUUCUAACUGCUCUGAAAGCACCACAUUAAAUUCGAAGGGAAAAAAA